UCUGGUCCACUUCUUCCUCUUUUGUGACUGGUAGUCACAAGGCAAAGUGCAAAACCACACAGUCACCAAGAGAGCACAGGCCUGAGGGGGGCUGGCGAGGAGAGUGGCAAGGAAGUCUUAGAGUGGUAGAAGGGACAAGUAAGGCUGAAAGACAAGUAUGGCUGAGGCCAUCACCUAUGCAGACCUGAGGUUUGUGAAGGCCCCCCUGAAGAAGAGUGUCUCCAGCCGGUUAGAACAGGAUCCAGAGGACUAUGAGGAUGGGGAGCUCACCUAUGAGAACGUGCAAGUGCCCCCCGUCCCAGCGGGGGCCCCAAGCUUGGCUUCCUCUGGACCAGCCGACAAAGCGAGGGUCAAGGCCGCGCAGCCAGCUAAGAGAUGCAUGAAGCUAUCAGCUAGUCAGGUUCUCCCCUGCCCCACCUCCACCUCCUGCUUGCAGUACCUCCUGCUCGGCCUGCUCCUCAUCUGCCUGCUGUUAGGGGUGGCCACCAUCUGCCUGGGAGUGAGCUAUCUGCAGUUGUCUCAGCAGUCCCAGCAGGUGACCAGGAUUCUGGCAGCCACCAACAGCAGCCUGAGGCAACAGCUCCGGGAAAGGAUAACCAAGCUGGGGCAACAGGAGGAGGAUCUGCAGGAGUACAGGAGACAGCUGUCUCAGAGUCAGGAGAUGCUACAGGAGGAACAGAGGGUUCACCAGGUAGCUGAGCAGCAGCUACAGGCCUGUCAGUUGGAUCGGGAGCAGACCAAAGAGACCUUGAAAAGGGAAGAGGAACAGAGACAAGCCUUGGACCAGAGGCUGAACAGCAUGCAGAACAGACUGAAGUCCUUCUCCAUAUGCUCUACAUUAGCUCUCCAUCCCAUGUCAGUGCUGCUGCCUAUCCACACAGCAAAAUCCCAGGCUGAAGAUCAGUUGCAGACUUCUGCUUUGAUUGAACUUCCAGCUUUCACGGUUUUCCCACACUACUUCUACCUCACUGAGGCCUGCAACCUGUGGACUUGCAGUUCCUCCCAUUCUGCAAGCCAUUUCCUGCCUUCCCUUCUCCCUACCCAUGUUGGAUUCUGGGAUCCAUUACCCAGUCCUUUGUUCUCUUGUCCUACUGGUGCUUUGGACUGGUAAAGAUCAAAUGCUGGAUGAGCCCAACUGACCACUUAGCCCAGACUGGCACCAAGAUAUGACAAAUAGUGCAGUCAGCCUGCUUGGUGCCAUUAAAAAUCUAAGCACCACCUGGCAAGCUCUGCAGUGAUGGGCACCUUCUGUACUACCAUCCCCUCCACUUUCGGCAAGGGCCCUUCUCUGACUCCGUCAGAGAGCAAUUCCCUCAAAUUUCCAUCAGCACGGCUAUAUAUCCAUUUGCAUUUUUGCCCAUCUUGUCCUUUGCAAGGAUAAAUGCAAUAACUUUCUGAGGGCUUUCCCCAACUAUCCCACACCCCACCCAACACAGUCCAUUCUUCAUACUGAAGGCAGAAGAAUUCUUUAAGAACACAAACCUGAUCAUGCCACUCCAGGCUAAGUCAUGUCUUUCUAGUUAAUUAUAUAAACAGGUUAAUGUAGCAUGUGCUCAGACACCUGGAGACAUAGCUAGUGAGAAAAAUCCCCUUUUGUAAAACCCUAUAUUGAUUUUCUCUUCCUCAUAAUAUAAAAAUAAAGCCAGGCCUAGCCACUCAGGAUGGAGCUUCAAAGCCAGCCUGGACUGGAA